AUGGUGCAACGACUAAUCUUUUUCUCCAGACUUGACUGUGACUUCAUAACGGUGGUGGUCGGAGAUGAAGAAGAACAACGGUCAUUCAAAAUCCAUGAAGAUGUAAUUUGCGAUCGUUCAAGUUUCUUCCGUAGUAGUAUGAAACCAGAAUGGGCGUCCAUGCGCUCCGAUCCACGAACUGUCGAGCUCCCCGAAGACAGCCCCAAUGCUUUUGCAUUAUAUCGUACAUGGCUCUAUUCCAGAAAGCUGCCCAUUCUUCCUACUCCUCCUACGGAGUCAAAUAUCGAAGAAGACACCUGUAGAAGCUCCCUCUUCGGCAAUCCUCCCGAACACUACCACACUUUGGCGCAUGCCUAUGUGUUGGGCGAGCGACUACUUGAUAUCCAAUUCAAAAACACCGUUAUGGACACCUACGUUCUCUUCGCGCGGGGGGCCACAGGUUCUCGUUAUUACCCCACGAACGACCAUGUCCGGAUCAUCUACGACGGUACUACAGAAGGAAGUCCAAUAAGGAAGUUUCUAGUGGACAUAUGGUAUUGUAGAGGCAAGGUUGAAUGGAUUGAGAACGACGGCGAUCUCCCUCAGGAAUUCCUGGCUGCCGUGGUAAGGGAGAUGUUGCGGGCUAGGCAAACGACGGAUAACCUGAGCCGUCCGUGGAAAUUGACACAUACACAAUACCAUGAGAAGGAGUAA